AAACGUGUGGGAGGUUUUGGGCGCUGUUCGUCACGUAAAGAGGCAACCGCCUACACUGACCUGGAUAACAUGGCUGAGGAGGACUCCACCGACCUCAUUUACUAUCAUGGAUUAUGGGACCACCGUGUUCUGUCUGUGUGCUCACAUCCAACAGAGAGGACUGAGUCUCAGAGGGGACUGUAGGGAGACCGCGAGGGUCCUCUGCCGUGGGGACGUUUAGCAGCAUAGUGGACUAUACCGACAAGUAAGAGAUCACAACCUGAACUGAGGAGCAUAUUUAUGAAUCUUUACCACCUUAAGGUCUCGGGUCAUCCGGGCUGCUUCUGUGACAGCUCACUGGGACUGGAUGUGACAUGUGAGUGGGUCAUAACAUCAGCAUUACUCAGACACAACAGUAUUUACUUCUGAAGUGAGGAAGUAGAGCUGCGUCAGGCUAACGUCACUCUGACACAGGUGGAACCGGAAAGGGGUGUGAUUGGCCCUUCACAAUAAAAGCACGUCUCACAUUUGAUUGCUAUGUUGUAAUGAAGUUUGAGUGUGUGAGAAAGUUGUAACACUUGGAUAAAUUAACAGUAGACUUUUUGUGAUCAGGACGAGCCUCAGUUUUUGUUUUCACCGCGGGACUCUGCAGUAUCGAUAAGCAUCAUUCGUUUUAUUGUGGAAGCUCAGACCGGAAGUCGUGCUCUAGUCGUCUGACAUUUGACUCUGGUGUGGAGAGGGAUGUGGCCAGGAUGUAUUUAUGCUGCUGUUCAAGAUAUGAAAAUCAUUGAAUUAGCCCUGCUCCGGGAGCUCUGCUUCACCACGGGACACGGAGGGGGUGACGACUGUGUCUCCAUCCGUCAGAGAGGCUGCUAUCAGCGGCUGAAGACAGCGAGCACGACCGCGGCUGCUGCUGCUGCUGCUGGGCUGGUUUCGUCUGGACUGGACCAUUUCCAUGAAGGCUUCUCAACCUUACGCACAAACAGUGUGUGUGCGGGGCUGUACUCUGUGCAUAGUUACGUAAUGAAAGUAUGUGAAUCCAUACUGUCACAUUGUUGACUUUUUUAUUUUUUUUGUACAGAGACUUGGUUUUUUUCCCCUUUUUUAUUUUGUACACAUGUCAACAACUCAGCGUCAAGUGAUGAUGGAGUCCUCUCUGGCACUUGGCAGACUGGAGCUGACCCCCGGUCCGGCCGCUGUGGGUGUCAGUCUGACCCCGCGGCUGUCCGGCGGGGCCCCCUCCAAAGAGAAGUGCGGUCAGCGGCCGCUGGGGCCACAAGGGCAGGCUCACCUGAACGGCUGCGUCCCACUGUCACAUCAGGUGGCGGGUCACAAGUAUGGAGUGGAUAAAGUGGGUAUUUUGCAGCAUCCAGAUGGAACGGUCCUGAAGCAGCUCCAGCCUCCACCCAGAGGACCCAGAGAGAUGCAGUUUUACAGCAUGGUGUACUCAGAUGACUGCUGUGAUCCAUGCCUUCUGGAUCUCCAGGACCAUCUACCUAAGUACUACGGCACCUGGUCGUCUCCUGACAGCCCGAACGACCUGUACCUGAAGCUGGAGGACGUAACUCGACGCUUCGUCAAGCCGUGCAUCAUGGACGUGAAGCUGGGCCAGCGGAGCUACGACCCGUUCGCCUCUCAGGAGAAACGAGAACAACAGAUCAGAAAGUACCCGCUGAUGGAGGAGAUCGGCUUCCUGGUCCUCGGCAUGAGGGUGUACAAAGUGUGCAGCGACACGUUUGACUCGUAUGAUCAGCACUACGGGAGGGGACUGGGGAAGGACACUAUUAAAGAUGGUCUGGUGAAAUUCUUCCACAACGAGGUCAGUCUGAGGAGGGACGCCGUGUCGGCCAGCAUCUCCAGAGUGCAGCGGAUCCUCCGCUGGUUCGAGUCCCAGCAGCAGCUCACCUUUUACGCCAGCUCCCUUCUCUUUGUGUAUGAGGGUGUCCCCUCCUCUUCUUCCUCAUCCUCUCUCCCCUUCCCUCUCAGCACUCCUGCCAUCAGCCCACCUACGGGGAAGACCGGCAGGUUAUCAUCAGAGAGCGACGGCGGUGGGAUCGUUGAUGGAACAGCCAGACAGGAUGGGGCGGAACAGGAAGAGGAAGUGGCUGAGUACAACAACAACAACAUUCAGGUGCCCUGGGACUACAGCCUGGCUACCAUCUAUGCCAACCACACGAAAGGGGGCCACCAUCACUGUGCCAAGGGUCUUCUCCAUGGCAACAGUGGAGCUAGUGACACCACGGAGACGACAGCGAGCGUGCUCUCUGGAGAUAAAACCUCAGCACUGUGCGAAGAAGACAACUCGGCGUGGAAACGGACAGGUGAGUUGCAGCAGGCACCGAACGGAAAUGGAAACAAAUCACAACUGGAAGGGAAGGACGAGGACGAAGAGGAGGAAGACGGCGGCAGGAGAAGAAGAGGGGAGGAGACGCAGACAGGAGAAGGAGGUGACACGACAGAGGGGAGCGGAGGAGGAGACGCAGAGGUGGAGGUCAGGAUGAUCGAUUUCGCUCACGUUUUCCCGAGCGAGAGCCCCGAUCACGGAUACAUCUACGGCCUCAAGCACCUGCUGACGGUGCUGGAGCAGAUCCUCUGUGACUCCGCCUAGAGCUCCCCCUCCUCUUCUUUACCUCUGACCUGCUCCCUCUAUCCCUCCCUCUGUCUCCCCUCAUCAAACCCUCCCCUCCUGUCUUCUCAAGAAACUCUCAGAGAGGAGAGGGAAGAAUCAGAACAGACCUGUCAUCGUCAACAUCAUCAUCUCACCUGGUUUUGAUGGUCCGUCAGUAGUGUGUGUGUGUGUGUGUGUGUGUGUGUGUGUGUAUGCGUGUGCGUGUGUGUGUUUAUGUGUGCGUGUGUGUGUGUGUUAGUUAAGCAGUGGCAGUAGAGGCUGACUACUGUGUGUUCCCUGUGAUCAGCAGCACUACAUGCACUAAUUGAUUCAUGAAGGCAUUCGGACCUGAACUUAAAUGCAACAUCUUCAGCUGCAGGGUUUACCGACGCUCACACACACUCUGCAGCUUCUAACACGACCUUCAGCUCUCUCUGACACACGGCUGAUAGGUCUCUGAACAUCCGUUUUAAACCCUGAUAGAUGGCUGACAAGUGCAGAAAGGUUUUGUUCUCUACAAAGCCGGCUGUCGGUGCUGCAGCUUUCUCCUACAAAGGCUCAGAUAUUUUUAAAAACGUCACAGAACGCCCUUUAUUUAGAUUUAUUAAUCUUUUCUAGAUUAAAGAGAUUGCUCUUCUCAAAGCCACCAGACUCCCUUCACAAAUCAGUUACUUCCUCUCGUAGACCUCAGGAGCUUCUCCUCUAACGCCACACUGAUCGAGUUAUGGCCAAAUUCCACCAGAUCCGUGUCCGAUCCGUGUCCGAUCCGUCACGGCACCAGAUCUGAUAUGUUUCUAUUCUAGUCAAUGUGUUUACUUCCACUGGAUCUGAAUUUUAACUUAACUACGACAGCGGAGCCAGGCCUGGAGUCAACAAGUCAGAGGUUUUCAGAGGACCAGAAAGACAUCAUGGAUGAGGAGAGGAGGAGGAGAAUCCUUGAUUCAUUGAUCACAGAGGGAAAACCUCGGUCACAUGACUCCAGCUGUCGGGCUGUCCUGCUCCGUGCUGCGUUCUGAAAACGCAACCGGUGGGUGUUGACGGACGAAAGAGCACGGAGCAGGACCGCAGCGGACACUGAUCUGGUGGAAGUCCCAUGUUAUUCUGUGAGAGGUAGACCAGCAUCUCCAGAGCUCCUGAGGUCAGACUUCUCCUAACGUCAGUGGACUCUUCUGACCUUGAGGAGAGCGAUGUGAUGGAGUUAUUUAUCCAACCCUUUAAUUAUCAAUCUGAGCCUGCAGCUGCAAAAACCAGCCCCCUGCAGAGGACGUGUUUCGCCAGCAGAGCCUCCUGAAGCAAUACUAAAGCAGAUUCAAACGUUUUUGUAAAGAUGAUAUGAGCUAUUGAACUAUGCAGCCUGCCUACUGAAACACACUCAGAGUAAAUACAGCACAAAGAUAAACUCUGUGUAACUUAAAACAGUCUUCAAAUAUCCAAAUCUUUACCAUCAAGUUCACACUGACUCAACUUGAUGUGGUCCAUUAAAGAUUAAAGUGCAACUUCAGCUUAAAAACUACGAUGAUGAAGUUGUAUUUUUAUGAGAAACGAUGUGAAAUAACAUACAGGAGGGGAUCAGAAGAGCAGCCUGCACCAUAUUGAGGAUCAUCUUGUGAAAGUGACUUACUGAAGCUCAUCGGAUCCCUCAUACGUAUGCUGAUGAGCUGAAGAUUGAGUGUUUGGUUCUUUAAGAAACUCCACAAGAUGCUCCACUUUCCUCGUUUGAGUGCGGGCGGCUGCUCCUCUGAUCCUCCUCUUCAAAAUAACUCACCACUCACCUUCGUUAUGUCAAUAUUCUGACUUCAUUCUCAUAACUUGAAGGCUCUAGUGGUGAAAUCACACUCGUCUCUAACCUGCUGUGAGUUUGUGAGCUUCCAGUAAAACUUGAACCCUGCAGGAUGUUGCGUUUAAGUCAGGCGGCCAUCUUGUUUUGUAGUUUGAACCACUGUCUCCAGGUAUCUAACUCAGGUAACUUUACUGUAACAUUACUACUACUCUCCUCUCAGCAAGCUGAUGGUCAUGCUGUUUGGUCGUUGAGUUGAAUGAUUCUUUAAUUUCGUGUGUUUGAUCUCAUAGAUGUUCGUGUUGGACCUGACGCUCUCCUUACAUGUUGUGUUCUGUUUUUAACUGUUGUACAUGUUUAGCUGCCAAAUCCCCUCCUCCUCUUCCUCCUCCUCUUCCUCUUCCUCCUCCUCCUCUCUCAGCCUGUGCUCUCUGCUGUGUUCGUGCAGUAACGUGGUGCCCCGGCCCACACUCGCCUCCCUGCCCUGGUUUCAGUAACAGGAUUAUAUCGCUGAUGUCGUACCUUCUUCUUCUUCUUCUUCUUCUUCCAUUUCUUUCUUUGAUAUCAAAGGUGACAUUACUCAUGAUCAGUUUGACUCCAGUGCCAUUGUCGUGGCAUUAACCACGUGUUAUGCUAUCAUUUUAAUUUAUUGUGUUGUUAUGAAUUCACUAUAAUCUGGGCCAGAUUAGGAUUUUUAACCCUUUCCCGUUCUGAUUCUGGAUUUAGUCGUGUUUUUAUUUUGAUGAUGGAAGCAUCGUGUGAGGCUGUCAUGUGGCCAUGUGAUGUGCUGACUGAUCAGAUUUGACUUUAGUAAGGGUUUUAAGAUUGUAGUAAAGAACUAUGUGAAUCAUGCUGCUUAAGAGGGAGUGGACAGACAGACGGACUGACAGACGGACAGAAUGAUGCGUAGAGAGAAAGACAGCAACUGAAUGGUUUCUUUAUUCUGUCCUUUAGUUUCUUAAGAUUGAGGGCUCGGUGCAGGAAGGAGAGAGUUUCAACACUUCAUCCAAACUAAGUUUAAUAUAAGGCAAAUGUUUCUGAGUGAGGCUGCUCUCCAAUCGUAGGGUUGACUAAUAAUAAUCUGAGGCUGACACUUGGACUGAUUCUGUAAAUUUAAAGUAUUUAAUCAUCAUUUUUAUGCCAGGUGCUUCAAAGGUGAAGAGGUUUUCACUGAAACCAAGGACUGAACAUUAGAGGUGGAUGUAGCCUGUGGUCUUAACGCCAAUGACAAAGUGCCUUUAAAGCAUGGACUGUAUGAGACGUGGCUGCAGUCUCUGUGACGUCACACACCGGUUCCUGAAGCACAGCGAUGGCUGGUGCCAUUUGAAACACUUACUCAACCUAGAAACAGGAGAAGAGGUGGAGCUGAGUGGGUUUCUACACCCAUGAGCUACAAAGUGCUUUCCUUUCAACUCAGAUAAGCCCCUAUUUUUUGUAAAUUACCACAUAACUAGCUAGGAUUUUCUUUGAUAAAAAAAAACAUCGCCUCUUGUACAGAGUUUUAAAAUAAACAGACAAGCUUCACCCUUUUAAAACCAGGCUGUAAUCAUGUUACAUUGAGCUGUAAAUGAGAGUCUUGACAUGAAACCAAAAGGAUGUUCCCUGGUGCAGACAUCCACUUCCUUUAUACAUGAUUUUCUUUUAAUGGCCAGCAGGGGGCGACACCAAAGUUCUGAUUUCUGAUUGUGAGGAACUCUAUGAGAAAAUUAGCUGGAUUUAUCGAGUCAGUUGCUCGUCACAAGUCUACCUUUAAGUUUUAUUGAUACUGCAGAGAUUUUGAAAUAUCUAGUUCAGCUUCAAUAAUAAUAACAAUAUCUUUAUUUUUUAAAGCACUUUUCAAAAGCCAGGUUACAGAGUGCUUAACGUGGGCAGCAAAAUAAAACAAGCUGGUCAUAAAAUCACAGAAAGGUCAGAACAAGAAUUAAACAUGUUUUAAAAGAUGUAAAAUUCGUAUUAAAGAACUCUGAAUGAAUUUAAUUAUUUCAAAAUAUUUUAAAUAUAUUUUUAAAUGGUUAAACUCAAGGAAAAAAAUGAAGUUAAAUAAAAUAAUAAAUAUAAAAUGAAGUUGCACUAAAAUACACUGGAGGGUGCGGACUUGGCCUAAUGGUUAAGCUGCCAUGUAGCGGAUGGCCCGGGUUCGAAUCCAACCUGUGGCCUCUUUCCUACACGUCAAUCCCCCGCUCUCUCCCUGUUUCCUACACUAUCCAAUGUCCUCUCCUCUAUAAAUAACAAGGUGUAAAAGCCCUCAAAAUAAAAGAGAGAGAGUCAGCUGCUCUCAUUGUGUCAAGUCAAGCUGUAAAAAUAAAAUUAAUAAUAGUAGAAAAAAUUAUUAACUAGGCUUUAAUAUCUAAAAAAAAAAAAAAGUUUGCAUCACUUGUAGAAGAGAAGAGUGUGCACUUUGGAAGUGGUCGUUCAUCUUUAGGCACAAACACCAAGACGACGACAGCAAAGAUGCCGCCCUCACGAACCGAUGUGUGACCUCAUGGAGGCUGGGUCCAGGUCUUAAAUGCAGGCUGUGGCUCUAAGUAGUGAUGAUCAUAAGCUGUGAUAGACCUGGGGUACAGAAGCGUUUUCUUACAAUCAUUUUUUCCCCCAAAAAAAAGAGCGAGCAGAGUUUGAAAAGAAGAGCAAAAAUGAAAAUAUUGGGUUUACUCCAAGUCAACUAAUUUCCAUCCUGACAUUUGAAUUCAAAGCUCUGCUGUGGUUUGCACAAGAGAAACUUUAAAUACACUCAGUCCUGAAAUUAGUCCAACCCUACGCUCAGCAGCUGAAACGUUCGUCUUCAGAAUAUAAAAGUCUUAGAUAUUUUAAAUCAGCUGAAGAGAGUCAACAUUUUCAAUCAUAUGUUUACUGAUUUGACGUAAUCCUCCUGAGAUGCUGAGCUGUGUGUGUGUGAGUGUGUGUGUGUUUGUGUGUGCUUGUGUGUGUGUGUGCCCCCCUCUGCUCUCCACACUAACUCUGGAGCGGCGUUUAACCGCGCUGCUCCUCUUUGAUUUGAACCGAUGAUAUGCACAGGCCUCUUCAGUUUAUGUAGCUUGUAAUAUAUGGAUAUAAUGAACGAUAUGAGACUCCUGAUCUUUUGUAAAUUAACUCCAUUAGAUGUAAUAUGAUUUGUAUCUUGAACCAAAAGAGACGAUAAACUAUUAGAAUAUUA